UGCACCAUGGAUAGGUCCAAUCAGACCUCCCCCGUGGUGGGAUUCAUUCUCCUGGGACUCUCUGCCCACCCAAGGCUGGAGAAAACGUUCUUUGUGCUCAUUUUACUGAUGUACCUGGUGAUCCUGCUGGGCAAUGGGGUCCUCAUCCUGGUGACCAUCCUUGACUCCCGCCUGCACACGCCCAUGUACUUCUUCCUGGGGAACCUCUCCUUCCUGGACAUCUGCUACACAACCUCCUCUGUCCCCCUCAUUCUUGACAGCUUCCUGACCCCCAGGAAAACCAUCUGUUUCUCAGCCUGUUUGGGGCAGAUGUUCCUCUCUUUUGCGAUGGGAGCCACAGAGUGUGUGCUUCUGGGCAUGAUGGCAUUUGAUCGCUACGUGGCCAUCUGUAACCCCCUGAGAUACCCUGUGGUCAUGAGCAAGGCUACGUACAUACCCAUGGCUGCUGGCUCCUGGGCAGCUGGUAUCACCAACUCUGUAGUUCAGACAUCCCAGGCUAUGAGGCUGCCCUUCUGUGGGGACAACGUCAUCAAUCACUUCACAUGUGAGAUUCUGGCUGUCCUGAAGUUGGCCUGUGCUGACAUUUCUGUGAAUGUGAUUAGCAUGGUUGUGGCUAAUGUGAUCUUCCUGGGGGUCCCAGUUCUGUUCAUCUUUGUCUCCUAUGUAUUUAUCAUGGCUACCAUCCUGAGGAUCCCUUCGGCUGAGGGGAAGAAAAAGGCCUUCUCCACCUGCUCUGCCCACCUCACAGUCGUGGUUGUCUUCUACGGAACCAUCCUCUUCAUGUAUGGGAAGCCCAAAUCCAAGGACCCCCUGGGGGCAGACAAAGAGGACCUUUCAGAUAAGCUCACCUCCCUCUUCUAUGGGGUGGUGACCCCCAUGCUCAACCCCAUCAUCUACAGCCUCAGGAACAAGGAUGUGAAGGCUGCUGUAAAGAACUUGGUGCAUCAAUAA